CCAGGUUUUCUAUUACCUCAACGCAUAUGCCGCUGGCCAUAUCUUCUCUGCUGUGACACCUGGGCAGGCUGGUCUCUUCCAACUCUCCCUGUUUCCCUUCAUUCGCCAUGUUGUGCAACAGUCGCUACUUUCUGCUCAUCGCCGCAGCAUUAGCUGGUCGUCUAGCUGUAGCUUCGCCAGUUCCUGAACCUACUGCUGUACCAAAUCCAGUGGCCGUGCCAGAGCCAGCAAUUACUCCAGCAGACUUCAAUCCUCGUAUUUAUGGACAAUAUGGAGCGCGAUAUGGGAAGGCUUACCGUCGAAAUAUCAUCAGUGAUGCAGCAGGGUUCUUCACGGAUAUAGAGUCUGCUCUUGGAAACAUUCCAUCAUAUGUCAUUUCAGGCAUUCCAGAGUUCUUCCAGAAUUUCCCGACUGGAGAUGCCGUGCUCAGCUCACUGGGAAUCGAUGAGAGCCAGCUCGACGCGUAUCCUACAGAGGUCCUGAACAUACCUCCCUAUGCCAAUUGGACAGAUCAGGGCUGGAAUGUUCGUUUCCACGGAAAUGUAUACAAGCAGCCCAACAUAUCGCAAGAGAAGCUUGAUGACUUGGCUAAUGUCUUUCUGAUUGGGACGGACAUCUCCGAUCUGCCAGACGAGCAGAAGGCCAACGCAAGAAACUUGACAGCGUCAAUCUUCAUUGUCCAGCAAAGCGACCAGAAUGUCUCUUUCUAUCUCGAGCCUGCGCCGAGCGCUGGUGGAGACGGCGAGCCCGGUGGCGGCGGUGCUGUCACGCCUGGUGGGGGAUCCCAGAAUGUUUCAUUCCCAUAUGAGACCACGGCCCAAGGCGAUUUCGACUCUUUCGUGGUGAUUCAGAACGUUUCUGGGAGCGGUCUUAUGGGUGGCAACGAGACGGAACAGAUUCAACGUCUAAAUGUUUACACCGACGGCACCUUGUCAGGAAACGCUACUGCGUAUCUCGUUCCGCCGACGGGUCUAACCUUCAUCAGUGACAUCGAUGAUAUCCUUCGUGUUACUAAAAUCUACGACCCAAAGGAAGGAUUGCUCAAUUCCUUUGCACGUGACUUUACGCCUUGGAUGAAUAUGCCUUCGAUCUAUGCUAACUGGUCAGAAAGCAUACCGAAUGGUCAUUUCCACUAUUUAACCACAACUCCAGAACAAGCGACGCGUAACUAUAUGGACUUCAUCUACAAGACCUACCCUGGGGGUAGCUUUGACACGCGCCCCCUCAACUUCUCAGACGUGAGCGCCACCUUGUCUAUACGCAAGUUCCUCUUAGAUAAGGUCUUUGCCACUUUCCCCGAACGAAAGUUCGUCCUAGUCGCCGACACGUCAAAUAGCGACGUGAUGAAAGCGUACCCUGAAUUGGCCCACAGUCAUCCGAAUCAAGUGCAAUGUAUCUUCCUGCGCAACACAUCAUCAACGGACGACUCGGACAAGUUCCCCUACGACACCUCCGGAUUCGAAGGACUGAAUCAACAGAUGUACAUGUUCUUCAACGUUCCAGAUGACUUGUCGAAUCUUGAUAUCGAGAACGGCCAGUGCUACAAUGCAAGCAUAGCACAGAACGUCACUUUCGGCUAUCAAGACGAAGCGCUAGGUAUUCAUGGCGAUGACGAUGGUGCAGCAGGUCGUGUCGGUAGUAGUGCGACGUUUAGUCUUGUGGCUGCACUGGCCGUGGCAUCUUGGCUACUUAUUUAGAUAUAUGUUUAGAUAUAUAAGCAAUAAUAAAUCAUCUCGGACGCUUGACUACAUGUGCGUUACGCCUC